AUGAAUUUUGGAAGUCAAACUCCCACAAUUGUGGUUUUAAAAGAGGGAACUGAUGCAUCUCAGGGCCGUGGCCAAAUCAUUUCAAAUAUCAAUGCAUGCAUGGCGAUCCAAGACUCGCUAAGGCCCACUUUGGGACCUUUAGGCUCGGAUAUUCUGAUUGUGUCUUCUAAUGGCAAGACCACGAUUUCCAACGAUGGGGCAACGAUUUUGAAGCUUCUGGACGUGGUGCAUCCUGCUGCCAAAACGCUAGUGGACAUAUCCAGAGCGCAAGACGCCGAAGUUGGAGACGGUACCACGAGUGUGACUAUUCUAGCAGGUGAGCUCAUGAAGGAGGCCAAACCAUUUUUGGAAGAAGGAAUUUCGUCGCAUGUCAUUGUCAAGGGCUACAGAAAGGCCUCAAACUUGGCGGUGAACAAGAUCAAAGAAUUGGCUUCUUCGGUCUCAACAGAAAAUGGCACCAACCGUGAGCUGCUGGAGCGGUGUGCCAGGACCGCAAUGUCUUCGAAGUUAAUCAGCAGUAACGCUGACUUCUUCGUGAAGAUGUGUGUGGACUCGGUACUUUCCUUAGAUCAAGAAGAAUUGGACGACAAACUGAUUGGGAUCAAGAAAAUUCCCGGAGGUGCCAUGGAAGACUCGAUUUUCGUAAAUGGGGUUGCGUUCCAAAAGACAUUCUCGUAUGCUGGGUUCGAACAACAACCUAAAAAGUUUUCAAACCCCAAGGUGCUGAGUUUGAAUGUCGAGCUAGAAUUAAAGGCUGAAAAGGAUAACGCCGAGGUAAGGGUUGAACACGUAGAGGACUAUAACGCCGUGGUAGACGCAGAAUGGCAAAUCAUAUUGGAUAAGCUUCGUCAAAUUGAAGAAUCUGGUGCCAACAUUGUUCUAUCCAAACUUCCUAUUGGUGAUCUGGCGACCCAGUAUUUUGCCGACAGAAACAUUUUCUGCGCUGGUAGAGUAGUGGCUGACGAUUUGGACCGUGCAAUUUUAGCAGUCGGUGGUGCCAUUCAAUCGACCACUUCUGACAUAAAACCGGAACACUUAGGUACUUGCGAGUUUUUCGAAGAGGUUCAGGUGGGCUCAGAGCGUUAUAACAUUUUCAAGGGUUGUCCGCAAGCCAAAACAUGCACUUUGCUACUACGUGGUGGUGCUGAACAAGUCAUAGCCGAGGUAGAACGUUCCCUUCACGAUGCUAUAAUGGUUGUAAAGCGUGCCAUCAAAAGUAAGCUUGUUGUUGCUGGUGGUGGUGCUAUUGAGAUGGAAAUUUCCAAGUACCUAAGGGAUGAAUCAAAGAAGAUCGCUGGAAAGCAACAGCUGAUAAUCAAUGCCUUCGCCAAGGCUCUAGAGGUCAUUCCCAGACAGCUUUGUGAGAACGCAGGUCUCGACGCAACCGAUAUCUUGAAUCGCUUAAGAAUGGCCCACAGCAAAGGUGAAAAAUGGUUUGGGGUUGAUUUUGAAACUGAAAGUGUUGGUGACAAUUUUGCCAAGUUCGUAUGGGAACCUGCUUUGGUCAAGAUAAAUGCUUUGAGCAGUGCUACCGAAGCCACAAAUUUGAUUUUGUCCGUCGACGAAACUAUCAAAAACAAGGAAAGCCAACCCGCGAAUGCUGGAAUGAUGCCUCCCCCAGGUGGUGCUAGAGGUAGAGGAGUACCUAUGCGCUAA